AUGAAGAGAGCGCAGGGAUUGGAGAAUAAAAUACAGAUUGUGGACGUCGGGGCAAACCUCUUUCAGUUUAAGUUUCCAACCAAAUUUGAUUUGGAAAGGGUUUUGAAAAGUGGGCCGUGGACUUUUGAUAACCAAGUUUUAUUACUAGUCCAAUGGAAAGCUGGGAUGACUGCAAGCAAUGUCAAGUUUGAUUCAGCGUCCUUUUGGGUGCAAAUUUGGGGAGCCCCGUUUGAUAUGGUCUCUCCAAAAGUAGCAAAGGAAAUAGGUAGCCAGUUGGGAGUUGUUGAAGAAGUGGAGAAGAGGCUGAAACAGGAUACUCCAGGCCUUUUUAUGAGAGUAAAGGUGGUGCUGCCUAUAUCAAAACCGCUUCGGAGAGGGGCUUUUGUUGCUGGAUCAAGUGGACAAAGGACAUGGGUUUCAUUCAGGUACGAAAGGCUUGCUUUGUUUUGUCACCACUGCGGUUUGCUUGGCCACGACCUCAAACAUUGUGCUCAGCAUUUCGCGCUAACAAAGGGAAGUAGAGAUGUUGCUUGCUAG